CCGGUCGCGGGCCGACACUAGUGCGGCGAGCGCGUACCGAGCAACUCGCUUUAAUAUUGAAUUGACCUUAUUUACUCCGUACGAUCUUGAAAGAGGGGUCGUUAAACCUUUCUCGUGGCAUUCAAAACUUUUACACAUCAGUUUGUAUCGCGCCCGGUUGCAAUCGUUCGUUCCUAUGGCACAUUGACAGUGGUCAAGAUGGUCGAAGUCAAGAUAACGGAGGACAUUCGAGUUGGCGGCAACAAUCCCUGCUUUAUCAUCGCGGAGGUUGGUCAAAAUCACCAAGGUGACAUUGAAAUCGCAAAAAAGCUGAUCAAAGCGGCUAAGGAUGCGGGAGCCAGUUGUGUUAAAUUUCAAAAGACUUGUCUCAAAGAGAAAUUUACGAAAAAAUAUUUAGACAAACCUUACGACAACCCUAACUCGUGGGGUAAAACAUAUGGCGAACAUAAAACACAUUUAGAAUUUUCCGACAAUCAGUACAGAGAGCUGUUCAAGUAUGCACAAGAAGUGGGCAUUCUUUUUACCGCCUCUGCUAUGGAUAUGGUAUCAUUUGACUUCUUAGUCAAUAUAAAAGUGCCGUUCAUAAAAAUAGGUUCUGGAGAUUCAAACAAUCUCUUGUUCCUUAAAUACGCGGCAUCGAAGAAGGUGCCUUUGAUCAUAUCGACCGGGAUGGUGGACAAAAGUGCUGUGAAGACCAUCUAUGAUAUAAUAUCAGCUCAACACAAGCAGUUCUGCCUACUGCAUUGCAUAUCCGCUUAUCCUGUGCCAUUCGAGGACUGCAACUUAACCGUUCUACAAGACUACAAAAACACCUUUGAUAUACCCGUGGGAUAUUCUGGACAAGAGGUUGGCACUGCGGUCGCCUUGGGUGCAGUCGCUUUGGGAGCGAAGGUGUUAGAAAAACACAUAACACUGGACAAGACUUCAAAGGGAACUGAUCACGUGUGCUCCCUGACACCGACGGAAUUCCAGCAGUUAGUUAGAGAUGUGCGAGUCAUAGAAGCAUCGCUUGGCACCCCGAUAAAAAAAGUGGUGACAUCAGAAAUACCCUGCAUUGACAAAUUACAAAAGUCACUUGUAAUGGGCAGUACAAAAAAUAAAGGAGAAAUACUGUAUCCAGGCGAUGUAAAAAUUAAAGUAGCCGAACCAAAGGGCUUGAAUGCGCUACACUUCGAAGAGGUUAUCUAUAAAACACUCGUGUACGAUAAGAAAGAGGACGAACCACUCAAUGAAGGAGACUUCUGCUAAUGUGGAGAUAAAUGCUGAUGAAUCAUAACAUUACUUCAUAGACAUGACUUAUGAUAAUUUUAAACAUGCAUGAAUAGUUAUAACAGAACGACAUAAUAAAACAAAUUAUAAUUGUACGAAUUUAUGAAUAAAGUCUGCAAAUUUUAGAAAUUAAGAAUUUACCUGAAACUUAUUAAUAUAUUAUAAGACUGUAUCUAUUUGUUAAAUGUAUUAAAAAAUUAUAAAUACUCCGUAUGUUAA